GGUAACAGGACAACUCAUCCCUAAGACAACUCAUCCCAAGUCAACUCAUCCCCAAGACAUCUCAUCCCAAGACAACUCAUCCCAAGACAACUCAUCCCAAGACAACUCAUCCCCAAGACAUCUCAUCCCAAGACAACUCAUCCCAAGACAACUCAUCCCAAGACAUCUCAUCCCAAGACAUCUCAUCCCAAGACAACUCAUCCCAAGACAUCUCAUCCCAAGACAACUCAUCCCCAAGACAACUCUUCCCAACUUGAAAUAUAACGUAAUUUUAUACAAUGAAUUUCAAGCUUUGAAAGAGUAUUUGAAUAUUGAAUAUUUUAGAGAUUUUAGCAGUAAGUACACUGUGUUUGACCCUGGAAUAUCUUUUGUAUUUUGAGCUAGUUUAGUCUAGCUUUAGUUAAUUUUAUUGAUUGAUUGGGAUAAAGAUAAACAUGUUCAAAUUAAUAUAUACUUUGAUUAUUAAAUCAAAGAUCAUCAAAGGUGUCAAAUUAGGAUUAACGCAAUAAGAAUGUAUUAUCUGGGGUAUUAUCAGAAUAAUUCCCCCAGAUUAAUUCAGUCUUUGUUUUAAAAUAUUUUGCUUAAUUCCAAUAUGUCAUAUUUACCUUAUUUUUUAAUAAGAUUUCCAAUUUUAAACUUUCAGAAUCAUGAUGAUUGAAUUUGGAAAUUAUGUCUUAUACCGGGACGUAAAAGUAGGACAUAACUUUCAAGUGCCAUUUCGAAAUGCUAAAAAUUAUCAAUACUUAGAUUGAGAGUAUAAUCAAAUAUCAAUUUAUAAUCGAAAAAAUAAAAAAAAUGAUAUAUAUAAUAUAGAGGACUAAUUAAAGUAUACUAGUGGGAUGAGUUGUCUUGGGAUGAGAUGUCUUGGGAUGAGUUGUCUUGGGAUGAGUUGUCUUGGGAUGAGAUGUCUUGGGAUGAUAUGUCUUGGG